UUUGAAGGUGCUAUCCUUGAAGUAACAUUCAAAUGCCUUGAUAUUCUAAUGAUCAUCUUUAAUUUAUUGAUGAAACAAAGUGAAUACUGAAUGAAGAUUCAUCCAUAUUAUCGGGUCAAUUGCACAUUCUAGUUUCUACAUCAUGUUUAAGGCCCCGGAGCACCAGGUUGCAGGCCACCUAGCCAGUGAUGGAAAGCUUGGCCCCCUUGUAGAUGAUUCGGGACGCCUCUACAAGCCUCUCCAGGGUGAUGGACGUGGCUCCAAGGAGCUGGCUUUCUAUGAAACUUUUUCUUCCGAUACACGGGUUCCAGACCACAUACGCAGAUUUUUUCCUGUUUUCUAUGGCAGUCAACUUUUGGAGGCAUCAAACGGAUCUGGCUUGUGCCUCCACCUUGUCUUGCAAGAUAUAGUAUCGGGUCGUAUUAAUCCAUCUAUCAUGGAUGUUAAGAUUGGUUCCAGAACAUGGUACCCUGGGGCAUCUGAUGACUACAUCAAAAAGUGUCUUGAGAAGGAUGGAAGAACCACCUCUGUGUCCCUAGGUUUUAGGAUAGCCGGAUUGCGGCUCUACGAGGGAAAGGAACCAGGAUUCUGGAAGCCAGGUAGGAAGGAAGUCCAGUCUUUUACGGUUGAUGAUGUUAGAUCAGUUCUGAGAAGAUUUGUUUCAUCAAAUUCUUCUAUUGCUAACGAGAAGCCGGAUUGUUCUUUUGCUCCUAGCAUAUAUGGUGGUUCUACAGGGAUUUUGGAACAAUUAUUGGAGCUGAAAGCUUGGUUUGAGGAUCAAACGAUUUACCAUUUCCACUCAUGUUCACUUCUCAUCUUGUUUGAUAAGGAAUCUGUUCUAAAAGGAGGUACUCCAGCAGCUGAAGUUAAACUCAUAGAUUUUGCUCACGUUCUGGAAGGUAAAUGUGUUAUUGAUCAUAAUUUCUUGGGUGGACUCUGCUCUUUGAUAAAGUUUGUUUCUGAUGUUCUCUCCGAUCCAAAGGAAUCCCCAAUCACAGCUAACGUGGAAUGCGAGAAGCCACACGUUUUUACUAGUAACGGCAAUCGAGUAUAGAGCCAUUUCCGGAGUUCGUAGUUUCUUUUAUGCUUCGUUGGACUGUUGCUUCUUUUCUUUUCUUUUGCCCCAUGAAAAUUGUGAUUUGUGUUAGACCAUAAUUUUCUUUCAGGCUCCUUCUUAAUUGUUGAUAGAAACUGUUGUUUUUGUUCCAAUAAAAAUUUUCAGAAAUUAAGAUCUCUGUCUA